UUCACUUUCUCCUCCGCUGCAUCCCAAUCACUCCUCUGUCCGCCUUCCCCACCUCUGCUGCUGCCGCUGCUGCUGCUGGUGCUGCUGCAGCGGACCGGGCUGGAGACAGCGGGCUGGUAGACCGAGCCGAGCCGAGCCGCGCACUGCUGUGCCAACACCGGUUCCGUCACGACUCCGUGCGCGCUACGGAGACGCGCUAGGUUGAAAAGGACAUUUUUCUUUCCUUAGUGUGCAUCUGAAACAAUGCAACACCGCCGACUGAAGUGCAUGGGACGUCUUCAAAGUUGUCAGGAGCCAAAUGUUUGAUUCGGGUCAAACUGAUCGUCUGGUUUCACUUUGAAUAUUUUGGCGACUUUUUUUGUCCGAAUCCUCUCCGUUCCGCGCCGCCGCCGCUGCCUCCAGGUGACGCGAUGGCUCUCCUCUUCCUCCGUCCGCCGGCAUCUCUCUCCAUCUGGGACCAAAUGUAAGGACCAGGACCAGAACCAGGACCAAGUGGAUCGGUUCUCGUUGGGGGGAUCCAGCAGCGCUUUUUUUUUUUUUUUUCUUUAAAUAUACUUACGUCUCUAACCACGUUACCUCAGACACAGCUCUAGAUGUUGCCGCAGACAUGAGUUUUGGACACAGAUUUUUCCUCGUUGCACUCUGUCUUGGAAUUGUCCCGAGUCGCUUCGGCCACUGCAACCAAGUUGUGCUGCUGGAUACGACGUCUGUGCUCGGAGAGCUCGGGUGGAAGACGUAUCCUAUAAAUGGGUGGGAUGCCAUCACGGAGAUGGAUGAGCACAACCGUCCCAUCCACACUUUCCAGGUUUGCAACGUGAUGGAGCCCAACCAGAACAACUGGCUUCGCUCCAAUUGGAUCUCCAGACAAGCUGCCCAGAAGAUUUACGUGGAGCUUCGCUUCACCCUGCGAGACUGCAACUCCAUCCCUUGGGUGUCUGGCACCUGCAAGGAGACCUUCAACCUCUUCUACCAUGAGACUGAUGAGGCUCACGGUGUGAAAUUCAAGCCCCCGCAGUACACCAAGAUCGACACCAUCGCUGCAGAUGAGAGCUUCACUCAGAUGGAUCUCGGAGAUCGCAUCCUCAAGCUUAACACAGAGGUGCGUGAGGUGGGACCCAUGACCAGGAAGGGCUUCUAUCUGGCGUUCCAGGACAUCGGUGCCUGCAUCGCCCUGGUUUCAGUGAGGGUUUACUAUAAGAAAUGUCCGUUCACGCUGAGGAAUCUGGCCUCAUUUCCGGACACGGUGCCUCGUGUGGACUCUUCUUCAUUGGUGGAGGUGAGAGGGGCAUGUAUUGACCAUGCUGAAGAAAGAGACACGCCCAAACUGUUCUGUGGAGCUGAUGGAGACUGGCUGGUUCCCUUGGGAAGAUGCGUCUGCAGCGUUGGGUAUGAGGAGAUCGAUGGCUCUUGUAGUGCGUGCCACCCGGGUUUCUACAAGGCGUACGCUGGAAACAUCAAGUGCUCAAAGUGUCCUCCGCACAGCUUCAGCUACGGAGAGGGAGCUGCUAUCUGCCGCUGUGAGAAGGGCUUCUUCAGGGCCGAGAAGGAUCCUCCGACCAUGGCUUGUACACGCCCUCCGUCUCCUCCCCGCAACCCGAUGUUCAACCUGAACGACACCUGUCUGAUGCUGGAGUGGUUGCCGCCCAGCGACACCGGAGGCCGCCGCGAUCUCACCUACAACGUCCAGUGCAAGCGCUGCGGCCCCGAGCCCAACCACUGCCAGCUCUGCGAGGAGGAUCUCCGUUUCCUGCCGCGACCUCUGGGCCUGACCAACGCCACCGUCACCGUCAUGGAGUUCUCAGCGCACGCCAACUACACCUUUGAGAUCGAGUCCCUAAACGGAGUUUCUGACAUGAGCUCCUUCCCUCGCCAAGUGGCCAUCAUCACCGUCAGCACUGAUCAGGGUGGUCCGUCUCUAAUUGGCACUCUGAAGAAGGACUGGGCCUCCCCGAACAGCAUCGCUCUCUCUUGGCAGCAACCAGAACAAACAACACUCCCCAUCCUCGACUACGAGAUCAAAUAUUAUGAGAAGGAACACGAGCAGCUGAGCUACUCGUCGACGCGCACCAAAGCUCCCAGUGUGAUCAUCUCAGGUCUGAAACCAGCGACCUGGUACGUCUUCAGCGUUCGCACCCGCUCGCCAGCUGGAUACAGUUCCUACUCCCAUAAAUAUGAAUACGAAACCACAGGAGACUCAUCGGACAUCGCUUCCGAUCAAGGCCAGGUGUUGGUCAUCGUCACAGCAGCAGUCGGUGGCUUCACCCUCCUCGUCAUCCUCACCCUCUUCCUCCUGAUCACUGGCAGGUGUCAGUGGUACUUCAAGGCCAAGAUGACCUCAGAGGAGAAAAGGAGGACCAAUUACCAGAACGGACACGUCCCUUUCCCAGGAAUAAAGACCUACGUGGAUCCUGAUACGUAUGAAGACCCGACACAGGCCGCCCACGAGUUCACCAAGGAGAUCGACCCGUCCAGGAUCCGCAUCGAGAGGGUGAUCGGAGCAGGUGAGUUUGGCGAGGUCUGCAGCGGCCGCCUGAGAACGCCGGGGAAGAAAGAGAUCGCCGUGGCGAUAAAGACGCUGAAAGGCGGAUAUGUGGAGCGACAGAGGCGGGACUUCCUGCGCGAGGCGUCGAUCAUGGGCCAGUUUGACCACCCCAACAUAAUCAGGCUGGAGGGCGUGGUCACCAAAAGCAGGCCUGUGAUGAUCGUGGUGGAGUACAUGGAAAACGGAUCGCUGGACUCGUUUCUGAGGCAACACGAUGGUCACUUCACCGUCAUCCAGCUGGUUGGCAUGCUGCGUGGCAUCGCCUCGGGCAUGAAGUAUCUGUCAGACAUGGGCUACGUUCACCGAGACCUGGCAGCUCGAAACAUCCUGGUCAACAGCAAUCUGGUGUGCAAAGUGUCAGACUUCGGCCUGUCCCGAGUCCUGGAGGACGACCCGGAGGCUGCUUACACCACGACGGGCGGUAAGAUCCCCAUCCGAUGGACCGCUCCCGAGGCCAUCUCAUACCGGAAGUUCUCCUCAGCCAGUGACGCGUGGAGUUACGGCAUCGUCAUGUGGGAAGUGAUGUCAUACGGCGAGCGGCCAUACUGGGAGAUGUCCAACCAGGAUGUGAUUCUGUCGAUCGAAGAGGGCUACCGACUGCCUGCACCCAUGGGCUGCCCCGUGGCCCUGCACCAACUGAUGCUGCACUGCUGGCAGAAGGAGAGGAGUCAUCGGCCAAAAUUCACCGAUGUCGUUUCCUUCUUGGACAAACUGAUCCGCAACCCCAGCAGCCUGCUGCCGCUGGUAGAGGAUAUUCAGAGUCUACCAGAAUCUCCAGGGGAGGAAAUGGACUACCCAAUGUUCAUCUCCAUCGGCGACUGGCUGGACUCCAUUAAGAUGAGUCAGUACAAGAGCAAUUUCAUGGCGGCGGGCUACAACACGUUGGAUUCUGUGGCGAGGAUGAGCAUUGAAGAUGUGAGGAACCUUGGCGUGGAGCUCAUCGGCCACCAGCGGCGGAUCAUCAGCAGCGUACAGACCCUCCGCCUCCAGCUGCUGCACGAACAGGAGAAGGGUUUCCAUGUAUGAGGACGCCCUUUAACACAACCUGGGACGGACAGAUCGACGGAGCAGAAGGAAGCGAAGUCUAGACCGAUGGACAGACAGUCUUCAGCCUGUGCCUGAGUCAUUACCCCUCAUGCAGGAGGUCACUGGACAGACUACCACAGCAGACUGCCCCCCUCCCCGGUCUUCCUCAAAUCCAGUAGUAACAGACUUCUUCCUACUAUACACCCCUUACCCAGUAUACCUGGUUCUGCCAGACUAUUACAGACUUCAAAGACUGGCCCAGGCCCUCACUUAGGGGAAUGUAAUGCCUUGUUGCAGCAGCAGUACUUUGUGUGUGGAGCAACAAUAUGUAGAGAUGUAGAUUUGCAGACGUAAUCUACUGACUCUUUUUUUUUUUUUCCAGUCGUUCUUCUUUUUUCUCGCUCCGAGUAAUGUGCUCAUGUAGCUGCUAUCGGGUGUGCAAUCGGAAAAAAAAAAGAAAAAGAAAAAAAAAGUCUUUUAAAAAAAAAGUAUUCUCAAUAUUUUUAAUUUUCGGGGGGGGGGGUUUUAAUGAUUUAUCACAAAGGUUUUUAUUUGCAUUGCUUCAGUUUACCCUCUCUCCAGAGAAUCUGGUACGCUAAACAAUACUUGAAGAAAGAAAUGAGAAGCAGCAAAAGCUAAGGAGAUGAAUGUUUCAAAGUGUAUAGACAAUUAAUCGAUAAUUAUUAUCAUAACCUAAUAUCUAUAUAUGUGCAGUCCUGUAUGUGAAAAAGCCCUAGUAAAUCUGGAUCUAAUUUUAAGAUGUUUUAUUUAUUUAUAAGAUUUGUAUCCAAAUCAGCAAUACAGUAUUAUGCAGUCACCUCAGUAUCUCAGAGAGAGAUCAAGAAUCGUGCAAUGAGAGACCUCGUUGUCUGACGACGCGAGGCUCACACCACAAACACCUGUCUCCCUGUUUUUUAGCGUCGCGUGCUAAGCUUGCAGGUGUGGAUCCGUUGCCUUUCAUAUGAACAACCAUACAAGUCUAUCCCGACAGUGUUCUCACAGUUGUGCGAUAAGCCUGACGAUUUUUCCUUUCGUUUUUGGAUUGUGAAUGUUUUACAUUGCCUGAGAAGUACACAACCUCCACUGUCUUAACAUAUGAAUGUUCACAGGAGUCAGAUAUAAAUAGGAGAUGUCUGGAAAGUUCACAUGGACUUAUAUGGUUCUUCAGAAUUUGCUUCCAUUUUGCGCUCAUUUUUUUUCUUUUGGCCUGCACACACACACACACACAACCACACACACAUGAAUACAGGCAGCGGUCAGAAGCGGGAUGAUCGAUCGGAUGGUGCAAAGCUACCAGACGUAACGACAUCGUGGUCGUGUAAAGGUCGUGGCAGGCGGACAGUAUGUGGCAAUACGGAGAACCUGUGUACAUAAACGUAGUCUGAAAUGAAACGUGUUGGAUCUGAAAUAGAUGAUGUCAAGUUUGUUGGGUGUUUGCCAUUGAAAUCAACAUUUUUCUUCAUUGUCUAAGUAAGUGAUGAAUAGGCAGCGCUGCAGAAUAGAAACUAGUAGUCGAGCUGGAAGCAGCAGAAGUAGCUAAAACCCGGUUUCGUGGAAACCGGUGAGAUCAGGAAGUAGUCUUGCUUUAGUGAGAUCAGGACAGAGGCACGUGAGAAAAAGACCUGGUGAUUCUCAAAGUUUGACAUCGGACAUGUUUAUUCAUUUAAAACUGGUGAAAAGAAAAGUUUUGCCAGGAUAUUUUUUCUGUUUGGUUAGGUUUAGGCAACAAAAAAAAUACUCAGUUAGGUUCAGGAGAACAUGGUUUGAGUUUAAAUAGACUCUUAAACAUCUGUUUGGAAGGAUAACUUCUCUCAUGUGCAGUCACGAGACCUAACAUGGUGACAUCUGAUGUAUGUAUGAGAGGCAGAGUAGGGCACGUCCCGCCAAGACAAGCAGUUAGAUCCGUAAAUCACCCGUUUUCAAAUAUGAAUAAGUAACAAGAUGAUCCUGGCAAAACUUUUUUUUUUUUUUUUUUAAAGCAAAACAAUUCAGAUCAGUCUUAUAAAAUGGAUCACUAGAAGUUUUUUUUUCCACACUUGCCUCUCAGGUCCUUGUGAAGGGACAGAGCUGUCGGGUAGAGGGAGGGAAAUGACUGUCAGGAAGGCGGAAACAGAACGAACACAAACAGCAGCAUCAUAACUCAUCAUGUGUGAUUCCAACAUCAACAGUUACAAAACACACACAAAUACACACAUAUGCGCACACACACACACACACUGACAUCUACACGCAGAAUGCCUUACAGUCCACUAAUCAUGCAGGAACAGGAACACUUUAGAGUAGUUCAUGAGUUCCCGUGCAGUCACAGGACCUAGCUACUAGUGUGAGUUGUAUUCCAUAUUCGAGAGAGCGGCCUGCCCCUCUGCAGCUCUGGGUUUUAUUACAAACUGGGGCUGGGUGAUUUAUGUCGAAGGCAGACUGGAUCUAGGUGUCUGUGCCUUUCGGUCAUAGCGUAAUUAUGCAUCCAGGCCUUCCAGAGCAGAAAAGAUGCAUCCAAACACACCCACUGCACACACACAUAUUUGCGCACAUACAUACACACUCACAAACACGUUCACAGUCACCACCCCCUCUACAGAAUAUGGAGAAUAUCAGAUGCUGUUUGUUUAGCAUGUUCUACUGCUGAGCAAUGUUAGGACGUUCUUUUGUACAAAGUACAAGUAUACUUAUAAUUCUUGUAUUUUAUUUUUCUAUAAUUUCCAAAGAGAUGUUGUAGAUCUUGCACACUGUAAGAGGCAGUUACAGCGAAUAUUUAUUUGCAAAUAAAGACGAACAGUUCUGGUGGUCGACUGCUCAUUUAA